UCGCUUUGAACAAUCACAACGCCACCGCAAAGCUUCUUAGAGGGAAGUGAGGGUAGCCAGCCACUCUGUAAUCUCCAUAACCCCAAGAAACCAACCCCUUUUUAAUCGGUUUCUAUUGAAUUCAUAUCCACCAAUCUUCAUAUCCUCAUUUGGGUUUUCUUUUUCUCCCUCUUUUGUCUCUCCAACUAUUUUUGUUUCUUCCAAAAACUCUCCAUAGUCCAGAAACAGAAGAAUAACUAAUCCACAAAUUUCAGGUUCAAGGGAAGAUCUGGUCCUCUGCUACUAGAAAGGAUUUCGAUAAGAUAUUCCUCUUUUUUUGUAAUGGGGGUAUCUUUAGCUGAUGAUUUGAAUGAUGCGUUUGAAUCUGUGAUUGUGAAAUCCAUCAGUUUCGACAACGUGAGCACCGCAAUGCGAUCCGUCGGUUUCAAUGCUCGAGAUUCUAAACCCAAAAUACAGAAAUCUCUUGGGUCUGGGAAGAUUAUCUUAGAAGGAUCAGUUGGCUUUAAAACGUCUCCAAAGGAAACCAGGAUCUCAAUAAAUGGACCUUCCUCAGAGAAGGAAACUAUGAUAUCGAAAAAGUCACCUUUGGCAACUUACAAAAAUAAAUUUUUCAGUUCACCCUUCAGCUUCAAGAACAGAGAGAUCACUAACCCAUUACCAGCAAGGGAUACUGAGAAGCAUUCUCCCCAACCCUUGUUGGAUCCUGCCAGUCCCAAACAUGAAGCAGCAUUGAAGUUGCAGAAAGUGUAUAAAAGCUUCCGAACGAGAAGAAAGCUUGCAGACUGUGCAGUUCUUGUGGAGCAACAAUGGUGGAAGUUGUUGGAUUUCGCCGAGCUGAAGCGAAGUUCUAUUUCAUUUUUUGAAAUCGAGAAACAUGAGACUGCCAUUUCCCGUUGGUCAAGAGCAAGAACCAGAGCUGCCAAGGUGGGGAAAGGUUUAUCCAAGGAUAACAAGGCUCAGAAGCUUGCUUUACAGCAUUGGCUUGAGGCAAUUGAUCCAAGGCAUCGUUAUGGACACAAUCUUCAUUUCUAUUAUGUUAAAUGGCUUCAUUGUGAGAGUAAACAACCCUUCUUCUACUGGCUUGAUAUAGGGGAAGGGAAGGAGGUCAAUCUUGUGGAGAAAUGCCCUCGAUCAAAGCUUCAACAACAAUGUAUCAAGUAUCUUGGCCCGGCAGAAAGAAAAGCUUAUGAGGUUGCAGUGGAGAAUGGAAGGUUUUUUUACAAGCAGAGUGGAGAGCUCCUUGAUACUACUGAAGGACCCAAGGAUGCUAAAUGGAUCUUUGUCCUUAGCACUUCCAAAGCAGUCUAUGUUGGCCAGAAGAAAAAAGGGAAGUUUCAGCAUUCAAGUUUCUUGGCUGGAGGAGCCACUUCUGCUGCAGGGAGAUUGGUUGUAGAGAAUGGUAUACUUAAGGCUGUCUGGCCUCACAGUGGGCAUUAUCGACCAACAGAAGAAAAUUUUCAGGAAUUUGUAGCAUUCCUUAAGGAGCAUAAUGUGGAUCUCUCUAAUGUGAAGAAAUGUUCAAGUGAUGAUGAUGAAGAAUCUUCGAGCAAACAUAGUGUUGGUCUUAGAAGCAACUUAUCCGAGGAGGACUUGACCCAAGUGGAUACUUACUCGGAGAUAGAUUCAAUGGAACAAGAUCCAAAAAGUGCAACAGAACCUGCAAAAUCAAAGCAAUUUCAUUCGAAAUUGACCAACCUUGAAAUACCCAAAAGGAAUGGUCCAUCUGAGAAACAAAAGGGAAGCAAUCCAAGUAUUGUCAGAAGUAAGAACAAUUUCCCAGCAGAAUCUUCAAUGGAUGGUUAUGAAACAUCAGAAGAAUCGGCUGGGACAGAACAUGAUUACAUGGUUCCUAAGCGGAACUUAUUUGAGGAAGAUCAAGAAGAUUGUGAAGAAGAAAUUUGUCCUAAAGAAAUAAUCCUCCAGAGAAUUAAUUCACAUAAAGGGAAAUCAUAUCAAUUGGGUAAGCAAUUAUCUUGCAAAUGGACAACAGGAGCUGGUCCACGUAUUGGCUGUGUGAGGGACUAUCCUUCCGAGCUUCAGCUCCGUGUUUUGGAGCGAGUGAACUUGUCUCCCAGAAGUGCUAGAGCUAACUCCUCUCCUAAGAAUUUAUCAGGAUUGAGCCCAAAGGUGUCGACACCAACCACAUUGUGCAGAAAAACAACAGCAACCUCAAAAUCUGAUCAGAGAUAAGGGAAGAAUCACUGACAUAUUCUUUUGUGUGUGUAGAUAGUUGAUAGAGGCAUUCUUUAGCAUUAUUUUUCUUCUUUUUUUUUUUAUUAUUAUUAUUUUUUUUCUUAUUCUUUUUGUAGAACCAAAGUGAAAAAUGCAAUAUCACUUAUAGAGUUUUUUUGGGUCUCAAUGCCCUUUAAUAGAGAAAA